CUUUCCAUCAGGUACAGAUGCCAGUGCGAUGCAUUGAGACCUUCCAGCUUCCCUCCCCCUUUCCAGACAGUACUGUACACCUCCUUUGGCGUUUGUCAAAGUUCUUGCCUGCCACCCUUUGAAUGCGUGAAACUCAGCUUUCCUGCGCAGGCUAAGCCCCUGAGUUUCCCCUCCACCAGUGGUUCUCAACCUUCAGAGUCUUCAGCAUCACCCAGAAGCACAGAUUGCUGGACCCCACCCACCGCCAGGUCUGGGAUGGAGCCAAGAAUUUGCACUUUUAACAAUUUCCCUGGAGACGUGAAGCAUCUGCUUCUGGUCUGAGGACCACCCUUCGGGACCACCGCUUUGCAAUGAUCAGGAGCUUUUUGAAGGGUUUAGAUCUUAUAGCUCCACUCCACUGUACGCAACUCCAGGCUGGGCGUCCAGACUAAAGCAAGAAUAGGUCAACACAUCAUUGUCCUCAAGGACUCAGAGAGAAGCCAAGGAGAGGAGACCGGUGGGGCGCACCGGGGCUGGAAUCCUGUCUGUGAGGGCCUCCAGGUGCGCGGCGGGAGGCGGACGCCAGGGGGCAGCCUCGCGCUCUCUCUGCCCCCUCUGGUUUCCGGCCGCGCAGGCGCAGGAGGCCGCGUGCCGGAGUGGGGGCCGCAGGAAAGAAAAAAUCCUGUUUGCUGUUUGGAAAAUGGACUGGAAAAGAGAAAGAAGUGGGAGUCCAUGUAGAAAACUGUUGGCAGAAGCCCAGAGCACCUUGUGAGAAUCAGGUACUGGUGGAAGAAGCUCAAGAGACUGUGAGGCCUGAGUGGUCAAAGUCGUCAUAGUUCCAGUUGAAAUCCAUGAAGACAGGAGGGGAUGGGCCAGGGGGAAAGAUGCGGGCCUGGAGUCUUUAUGAGAAAGUUGGCUUGAUCCAUGUCUGGUGUUCCAGCUCUAUGAAUGGCAAGUGGAUUUUACUUUCUCCAGGAGAAGAGUAUUUUCAAACCAGUGCCUGGGGCCAACCAGAACGCUGAGUGACCCAGGUGUCUGGGUGGAAACCUGAGCUGGAGAAGGAAGACGCCUGUGGAAGGAAAUUACAGGGGAUAACAGUAUGGAAAAGAAAGCCCAGGACAGCAGAAAAGGUGCCCCCCACAGAGCAGUGCCCCCAGCUGUGGGGCUGCUCUUCUCCAUGGCCCUCAUGAACACGCUUCUCUACCUCUGCCUUGAUUGGUUUUUCAUCUCCCGUCCACGCUCUGCUCCCAGCUCUGCUCACUGUCCCCACGGACACUUCAGAAUGGGACAGAUGAAAAACUGUUCACCGUGGCUGUCCUGCGAGGAGCUGAGGACCGAAGUGAGGCAGUUGAAGCGUGUUGGAGAAGGAGCUGUGAAGAGAGUCUUUCUGUCUGAGUGGAAGGAACGAAAAGUCGCGCUCUCACGGCUCACCAGUCUGGAGAUGAAAGAUGAUUUCCUGCAUGGGCUGCGGAUGCUGAAAACCCUGCAGAGUAAACAUGUUGUCACCUUGCUUGGAUACUGUGAGGAGGACAACACUAUUCUUACCGAAUAUCACCCCUUAGGUUCCUUGAGCAAUCUGGAAGAAACGCUCAACCUUUCCAAGUACCACAGUGUGAACACGUGGCAGCACAGGCUGCAGCUGGCCAUGAAUUACGUGGCCAUCAUCCACUACCUGCACCACAGCCCCCUGGGUACCCUGGUCAUGUGCGAUUCCAGUGACCUGCCCAAGACCUUGUCCCAGUAUCUGCUGACAAGCAACUUCAGCAUUGUGGUAAACGACCUGGACGCCUUGCCCCUGGUGAACCACAGCUCAAGGACGUUUGUGAAGUGUGGCCACAGGGAGCUUCACGGGGACUUUGUGGCUCCAGAGCAGCUGUGGCCCUAUGGAGAAGACAUGCCUUUUGACGAUGAUCUCAUGCCGUCAUAUGAUGAGAAGAUCGACAUCUGGAAGAUUCCAGAUGUCUCUAGUUUCCUUUUGGGGCACGUUGAAGGAAGUGAUAUGGUCCGAUUUCAUUUGUUUGAUAUUCAUAAGGCGUGUAAGAGCCAGACUCCUGCAGAAAGACCCACUGCUCGGGAAAUUCUAGACACUUAUGAGAAGGUUUUGAAUCUGCUCAGAGAAACUGUGAUGUCCCAGACAAGAGAAAUGCUAUGAAAACCAUUCAGUCAGUGAAGAAUGGGUUUCAAAGAAUAAAUGGAAUCAUUAUAGCAAUUCUUACUCUAAUGGUGAGUUUUUUGCUGUUCAGUGUGUGGUUCUUCCUCUGUAUCCACAUCCACAUGCACGUGUGAGCGUUGCUUAUCCCCUGGUGGGACCUGGGCAGAUGCCUCACCUUCUCACACUGAUCACUCCUGCUGAACUUGAGAAGCAGUGGAUCUAGCCAUAUCUGAAGGAGGUAACAAAAAUGUCACCACAUAGGGGCUUCACCUGCCCUAAUUACUGAAUUUGUAAACUUGUAAGAAACAUAUAAAGAAAAGAUCCGUAAACGGCAGGAUAUGAAAGAAAUGUACAGUGGUUUUCCAAAGAAGUUUUUUUCCUCAUUUUUUUAGAUAACAGUCAACAUUACCAGGGUCAUGGGAGUAUUUGUGGCCUGUCAACAUCACAUGGUGUUGAUGAGGCCAUCUUUACUGUUUUAAAUGAUUGUUUAAAUGUUUAAUGAAUGUGAAGCUCUUGUGCCAUCCUCUUUCCAAAAAUCUAAAGGAGAACUAUGAUAGCUUGCUCUUUGAAAUUUUGAAUGGACAAGGAAUAUUUAGAACAGCAAGUAUGAGGGAAAUUGUAUUUAUGUUACUGCCUUGGAUGGUGUUUGUGAAAUUCCUAUUUACCUUCCAGCUAGGUUUUCUGUGUCCAAAAUAAAUUAUUGUGAACAGUUUA